GUGUUCGCUUGCUGAUGUCUGUGUGGUGUCCGCGCUCAGUGGUGAGGAGGGAGGCGGAUCCGGCCCGUAUGGUUCGCUACUAGUUGGGCUCCCGCACGCCUCUGCCUUCGCUUCCGUCAGUCCUUUACCUGCAGGGGGGAAAUACGAGCUGACCCUCGGCUUCCACGGUGACCGCCCCCCGUGGAAAUCAUGGGGGUCAAAGUGCAGCGUCCUCGUUGUUUUUUUGACAUAACUAUCAACAAUGUACCAGCUGGAAGAGUUGUCUUUGAACUGUUUACAGAUGUUUGUCCCAAAACUUGUGAGAAUUUCCGCUGCCUCUGCACAGGUGAAAAGGGCAUCGGGAAAACCACCCAGAAGCCGCUGCAUUACAAAAACUGCUUGUUUCAUAGAGUGGUGAAAGAUUUUAUGAUCCAAGGAGGGGAUUUUAGUGAAGGAAAUGGAAGAGGCGGAGAGUCUAUAUACGGAGGGUUUUUUGAAGAUGAAAACUUUUCGGUUCAGCACAAUAAGGAAUUUUUACUGUCCAUGGCCAAUAGAGGCAAAGACACCAACGGAUCGCAAUUUUUCAUUACGACAAAGCAGACGCCUCAUUUGGAUGGGCUUCAUGUUGUUUUUGGACAACUAAUAUCCGGACAGGAAGUAGUAAGGGAGAUUGAAAAUCAGAAAACGGAUGCUUCCAGUAAACCAUCCACCGAAGUCAGGAUACAGAAUUGUGGAGAGCUUGUCCAUGUACAGAAGUCAAAAUCUAAGAAAGAGAAGAAAAGACACAAAUCCUCAUCAUCCAGCGACACUGAUGGCUCAAGCGAUUCCGACUCCUCUUCCGAGUCCUCUUCUGACUCUGAUGAAGAGGAAAAAUCCAAGAAGAAAAAGAAGAAACAUAAGAAAAAUUCAAAGAAACAGAAAAAGGAGAAAAAGAAGCGUAAGAAGAGUAAGAAAAGUUCUGAGAGUGAAAAUGAAGAUCAAGAACUUCAAGUGACAUCCACCGUCCGUCCAGAAGAGAUCCCCACUGUGCCAGAAAACAAAUUUUUGAUGAGGAAGAGCCCUCAAAGAGCCGAGGAACAGGAGAGCAGAGGAAACAGAGAACGUGAGCGGGAAAGUUCUUCACUUUAUCAGAGGAGACUCUUAGUAACCAGGUCUGGAAGGAAGAUCAAGGGGAGAGGCCCCAGACGCUACCGUACACCCUCAAGGUCCAGGUCUAGAGACCGCUUUAGGAGAAGUGAGACUCCCCCACACUGGAGACAGGAAAUGCAAAGAACCCAGAGAAUGAGAUAUUCCAGCGGAGAACGUUGGAUCAAGGGCGAUAAGAGUGAAUUAAAUGAGAAAGAAAGUCCGAAAAGCCCCAUAAGAGGAAGAGAGAGAAAACAGUCUGACCAAAAGGAGGGUUCAGUGAGUCCACACAAAAGAAGUGAUCAUAGGAAGAGAAGUAAAGACCGCAAACCAAGCAGCAAGGAUCGGGAGUCUAAAGAUGCAGAACAUGAAGAAAAGCGGAACACAACUCGGAGUAGAAAAAGAACAACUUCAGAAAGGAGGAGUGAAAGCAAAGAGAAUGUAAGAAACAACAGAGAUGAUAAGCAAAGCAAACGGGAUGACAGGAGCAGAUCAAGGAGUAAGGAAAGGGGACACGAGAAGAGAAAAGAGAAAGAAAAGCACUCAAAUAAUAAAUCAAAAGACAGAGAGAGAAGCAGGAGCAAGGAAAGAUUGAGGCAUGGUACAUCAAAGAAUGAAAAAGGACGAAGUAAAAGUAAGGAAAGGGGUAGAAGCAAAGAGAGAGCUAAAAGCAAGGAACAAGAGAAAAGCAAAGAGAGGCACGAUAAAGCUAAGAGCAAGGAGCGCGAAUCAGAGAAAACAAAGCCUAGAUCUAGUAGUAAAACGAAGGAGCGGAGCAAAAGCCGAGAGAAUAGCAGAAGAGCUCGAUCCAGAAGUAGAGACCAUGAAAAGACCAGGGGUCAAGACCAUGCAAGAAGCAAGGAAAAGGAAACAAAGCGAAGAGGUCGAUCCAGAUCAAGAGACCAAAAGGGAUCUCCAGAGAGGACAAGAAAUAAAAGAAGCAAAAGUAGAGGAGGCUCCAAAUCUUCAGAUAGAGAGGUCAGUCAGAGCAAAAGCAAAGACUCCUCCAGAAGGGAAGAAAGCAGCUCCCAUAAAAAGACCACCGAGAGGGAAAGCCAUAAAAAGAGGCCGUCUCGCAGCAGUAGUCCGGACAGUAAGAAGGCCCGGAGGUCCAGUAGGAAUCACGUGAGCCCGGACUCCAAUACGGUACAUAGUACUUAUAAAGAAGAUCGCUCAUCCCACCGAGGGAGUCGAGACAAAGAGAAAAGAAGGUCGUCAGAUGACAAGGAAACGAGCAGAAAGUCACGUAGUCGAGAAAGGGAUUCAUCUCGCACAAAAGAAGCAAAACUAGAUAACCCAUCAAGUCCUAAGAAUAUUGAUAGCAAGAAUGAGAAGUGACCUAUAAAUACUACCUACAUCUAAAGGACAUUCAGCUUUCUGUUUGUGGUUUUUUUUUUUCUUUUUU